AUGUACAUUGUUGAUUACCUUCCGAGAUUGGGGACAUUGUCCAUUAACAUGGACGUGGCCGAUAGGUCGGCCAAAAUAUCCAGGGUAAGCUUAAUAGGACCAAACGAGUUCAUGGUUGAACUUGGUUCAACAAGGUAUAAAAUUGAUUUACCAAUAUCAAUAACCGAUAACAAUACUAAAAUAACUCAACUUAUAAGCAAAGAUGGUAGCUUGAGUAUCAAGAUGAACGUGGGGUCGGAGAUCAACGAGUCCUUUAUGAACCAUCUUAUUGAUUCUGACUUACAGAAAUGGUCAGUGAAGGACUUGUUAAGCAAGACUUCGAUUAACCCAGAGAGUCAGAAGAAUGAGUUUAGGUUUUUAUGCCAUGGUUGUAAUGCCAGUAUCAUUGAUUCGACACAGGCAAAUUUUAGGGAUAUGCCGUCUGAAUUGUGGUACGAAAUGAUGGAUUUUUGGCAUUGUCAUAAACCUCAUAAUCCAUCUUUCAUUCAUGAUAAAAACUAUCAGCAUUUGGCACCUCAAGCAGGGGAAGUGUACAUUGGGACUUCGUAUUUGAUGACGACUCUUGAUCCCAAGUGUGUUUGUGGUGAAAUACUCGGUAAAAAUAACAAGAUAUUUAAAUGGAAUUUGAAAUUAUCUUAUAAUGAUACUAUUGAAACUUAUCCUCUGUACCUCUACGUUUACUAUAAUCUCUUGGAUAAGAUCAAUUCUACUGCUGGACGGAAUUUUAAAGUUGUAAAUAAAUCAGAUGAUAAAUCUUUGAAUAUCUGGACCGUGGGGGUUGGAUUAAAAGUUUCAAUUUCAGGGAUCAAACUCGAAAAUUGCUUGAAAAUUUUAUACGAUGAUACUUACGACUCUAAUGAUUUUGAAGAAAUCGUAUUGGAAGAUGAUAUAUUCCUUCAAUUUUUACAAAGACUUGAUUACAUUAAUGAUAAACUACCUGAUAGAAGUAAAGUGAUUGAAAUUAAAUCGAUUAAUCGCAAAAUAAGUUAUCUAGGCUAA